AUGACAGGUUUGGGUUUGACCGUUACGGAGGAGGUAAAGCGGAGAGUCGGGCAGCACUUUGUGCUGGGCUUUCAUGGAUACGAUGUCAGCGAUGAUAUCAAGACGCUGAUUCAGAAGUAUUAUAUCGGGAAUGUGAUUCUUAUGAAGCGGAAUGUGCAAAGUGCGGCGCAGACGAAGAGACUCGUGGAUGCGCUGCAGACUUUGGCGAGAGAGGCGGGGCAGGAACAACCGAUGAUGAUUGGGAUCGACCAGGAGAAUGGACUCGUGUCGGCGUUCAGCUCACCCACCGCUGGGACUACGUUCCCUGGGGCGAUGGCGCUUGGUGCGACGGGCUCUGUUGAGCUUGCGGAGAGCAUUGCAAAGGCGUCAGCGGAUGAAUUGAGUAUGGUUGGGAUUAAUUGGGUGUAUGGGCCCGUGGCGGAUGUAAACACGGAUUCGAGGAACCCGGUUAUUGGUGUGCGCUCGUUUGGAGAUGAUCCGGAGAAAGUGGCAAAGUAUGUGGUGGCGACUGCGCGCGGGCAUGCGGCGGGCGGCGUCGCGUCGUGCGGGAAGCAUUUCCCAGGACACGGGGACACGCACGUCGACUCGCACCUCGCGUUGCCCGUGAUCCGCAAAACGCACGCCGAACUCGCAGCACAGGAGCUCGUCCCGUUCCGCGCACUCGUCGACGCGCGCGUGCCGAGCAUUAUGACGGGGCAUAUGGCGCUGCCGCUGGUGACGGGGGACGAGAGCCCGGCGUCGUUGGCGGGAGAGGUGACGCGGGGGUUGUUGAGGGGGGAGAUGGGGUACGAGGGCGUGGUUGUGACGGACUGUUUGGAGAUGGAUGCAGUGGCGGAUGUGAAGCAGGGCGGGUGUGGGAUUGAGGAGGGCGCGGUGAGGGCGUUGGAGGCGGGGGCGGAUGUGGUGAUGAUUUGCCAUACUUUUGCGAGGCAGGUUGGUGCGGUAAAGGAGGUGUAUGAGGCGUUGUGGCAGGGAAGGAUUACGUUGCAGGCGUUGGAGGAGAGCGAGGUGAGGGUACGAAAGAUGAAGGAGGUGUUUGGGAAGCAGCAGAGUGAUGAGGGAGAUUGGGGGAUGAAAUUUAUGGAGAUGAAGAUGCAGAAUGAGGAUGUUAGUCGCAAGGCAUAUUUGCAGAGCACGACGGUGGUGUGGAAUGGCGCGGGGGUUAUCCCGCUCAAAGUGGACACGGUUGUGCUGUUUACGCCUGAACCGGAGAGCGUGAAUCGCGCGGUAGACUCGGGAGACGGCGUGCUAAAGACCAGUGAUGGCGUUGUGAGGAACACGGCUGCUCCGUACUACCUCUCGCUGGCAAAGUCGCUGGAGAAGAGUGUCAAUGUGAGGCAUGUUGUGUACGCUGCUGGGCAGGAGCCUGCUGCGGUGGGCAACGACGAGGGCGUAAUUUUUGUGAUGCGCAACGCGGAUCUCAGGGCAUGGCAGAUUGAAUACCUCGACAAGUUGGUGGAGAAUAUUCAAGUUCCUUUGGUGCUUCUGUCGAGCUGCGGGCCGUAUGAUCUGGGCCACGGCGCGGGGGAAAGGUUUGCAGACUGGACGGGGUAUGUCGCCACAUAUGAGUUUACGGCAGAGGCGCUCGAUGCGGCGGCGGGUGUUAUUCUGGGCACGGACCAUUGUCAUGGGAAGCUGCCGGUGGUGGUUGGAUAG